AUGGCUCCAGCAUACUUGACUGGCGCUUGCCUAUGCAAGAACAUAGCAUACCGCAUCACUCUACCCACGCCAGUUUCCUUGCCAAAGGUAAUCCUCUGCCACUGCACAAACUGCAAACGCUACACAGGCUCAGGCUUCUCCGCCAACAUUGUCGUGCCACGAUCUACUUUCGAGUACACCAAGGGUUCGCCCAAAUUGUACUCAGAUCGCAGCAACAAGGGCGUAAUCGUGCUGCGCGAAUUUUGCCCUGAUUGUGGCUCACCGUUUACGUCGCGAUCUGGCGAUGAUGAAGAGGAGGUUGCGGUCAAGUCGGGGACUUUGGAUGAUGAGGACCGGGUUAAGUGUGCGGAGUUGGGGUUGGAGAUUUAUUUUCAUCGGAAGGAUCAGUGGGUUGAUGGGAUGGGGGAUGGGGGUGUGAAGAGGGUUGAUGGGAGUAUGGAGGGUUAA